AUGCUACAGAAGAUUCUAAAAAACGGCACGAAAACGCCUGGCCCUUUUAUCAAAAAACCAUCUCCAAUAACAGCCCUUGUGAAUCGAAAUCAACUGCUACGGAAAGAUCCCAAAUACAAAUACUCCCCGUCGUACAUAAAUGAUAAAGCAUGGUAUGAUCAACCACACUUCACCAAAAAGGCACUACCGGAGAAGCCAACAGAUAUAAAAGGUGUCGAUAGUGCAGCAUAUCAGCUCAUGAAUGAUAAAUUAGCUAUAAAAAACUUCCCGGUGCUAUCGAGAAAUCGCUUCUUCACCCUUCGAUUCGUGGACCUGAAGAAUGACUUAAGCUUGGGCAGGAAAUCGAAUAUUGCCUACACUUUCACCAACUACGCGGUUGCGUUGCUCAAUGAUCCUAAGCUAGGAAACAAAUUCAAGUCAUACAAAGGCGCUUUGAAGAACUUGCCGUUUUUUCAAACACAACCUCAACCUAUGGGUACUGCUGUAGCUAGAUCGAAGUAUCGAAAGCUAGUCAAACGAACUCUCCAUGAUACCUUGCAUAGAUUAGUACCCAAUCAAGAGUCAGAUAUUGCUAAAGUGAGCGGUGUUUAUCUCUUCCGUUUCACAGCAGUCCCCGUGACUGAGAUAGACAUGCAAGAGGUGAAAUCUGAAAUUGAUAAGGCGAUUAAGAAAGUAUAUCUGAACGCCAAUUAUUCCAAGCAAUCAGAUGAAGCUACUAAAGGGCCAAAGCAAACUGGCCUACGUACCAAAUUACUACAACAUGCGCGCAAGGAGAAUACACUUGAUGCUCAUAAAGUUCCUGGAUUCGUUCCCAAACUACCUUACUUGUUCAAAUACCCUUAA